CUGAAAAUUAGCAGCUGGCUCUUCCCCAUCUGUCCAUAAUAUUCAAAAUUCCAUUGAUGGGAUCAUUCGAUAUGCCAGCAAGAAUGCACAGCUCCACCUUGCUUGAGUCAUCUUGUGGGUAUCUGCUUCAAGAACUGAAGCUGAUUUGGGAUGAAGUUGGACAAGAUCAGCUUGAAAAAGAGAAGGUUCUGCUUGAGCUGGAACAGGAGUGUCUGGAUGUCUACAGGAGAAAAGUCGACAAUGCAAAUAUCUCUAGAGCUAGACUGCAUCAAUCGUUGGCAGAUUCAGAAGCCGAAUUCACCCAUCUUCUAGUGUCCCUUGGAGAACGAUCUUUCCCAUGUCGGCCAGAGAAAAUGACAGGGACGCUGAAGGAGCAACUUGAUGCAAUCACGCCUGCGCUGAGGGAGAUGCAGCUGAGAAAGGAAGAGAGGGUGAACCAGUUCCGAGCUGUUCAAAUGCAAAUUCAGAAGAUUUCUGCAGAAAUAGCAGGCGAUCCAGAGCUUGAUAUUUCACCAAUGGAUGUUACCGUGAAUGAGAAUGAUCUCUCACUGAAAAAACUCGAUGAGUACCGGGUCGAGCUUCAGCGACUUCACAGAGAGAAGAGUGACAGGCUCUUGAAAGUGGAAGAAUAUACAAGGACUGUGCAUAACCUUUCUGCAACUCUGGGCAUGGAUUCUUCAGAGAUUAUCACAAAUGUUCAUCCAAGUUUGGACGGUUCGGGCAGACAGCAAUCAAAGAACAUAAGCGAUGCUAUUUUGGCAAGACUCAACAGUACUGUGGAAUCUCUUAAAGAGGAGAAGCAAAAGAGGCUGGAGAAGCUUCAUAAACUUGGGAAAGCAUUGAAUAAUUUGUGGAGUCUCAUGGAUACAUCAUCUGAAGACCGGAGAUUAUUCGCUCAUGUCACUGACUUCAUAUCAGUCUCCGCAGCCGACGUAUCAAAGCCUGGGAGCCUUACACUUGAAAUAAUCCACCAGGCAGAGGCUGAAGUUGAGAGACUGGAUCAGCUAAAAGCAAGCAAAAUGAAGGAGUUAUUCAUCAAGAAACAGCUGGAACUUGAGGAGAUAUGCAAAAGAACCCACAUGGACUUAUCUUCACGAUCGGAGAUGGAUAACAUAAUGAACCUCAUAGAUUCUGGGGAGAUUGACCACGCCGAUCUCCUUGCGAGCAUGGACGAGCAGAUAUCUCGAGCGAGAGAGGAGGCUUGUAGCAGGAAGGAUAUAAUGGAGAAGGUGGAAAAAUGGAUGGCAUCUUGCGAUGAAGAGCGCUGGCUGGAAGAAUACAGCAGGGAUGAGAAUCGGUACUCGGUGAGCAGAGGUGCUCACAAAAACCUGAAGCGUGCAGAACGUGCCCGAAUAACAGUCAACAAAAUUCCUGCUUUGGUGGACUCGCUGAUAACAAAGACUAAGAGUUGGGAAGAGGAAAGAAAGAAAGUCUUCUUGUAUGAUGAGGUACCUCUCUUGGCAAUGUUGGACGAGUACAAUUUGCUGAGGAAGGAAAAGGAAGAGGAGAAGCAAAGGCAGAGGGAAAAGAAGCGGAUACAAGGACAAGCAGUAGUUCAACAAGAGAAUUUGUUUGGAUCAAGGCCAAGCACGAGCAACCGCCGUCUUUCAAAAAGAAGUAUAAGUGGGAGUUUUGGCAAUGCUACCCCUUUAAACAGGAGGCUUUCUAUGGGGAUACAGCAGCUUGGAUCGAACAGUAUAUGCUCUGCCUCUCAAGGCUUAUCUUUCAUUAGGGAAGACAGGAAAGCACAGGGACAGAAGAUGCAGGCACAAUACAGAAAUGUUUCUCGUCUGGGAGAAGAUGCAGCUACACAGGUGUCCGCAACAUUCUCAUUCCCAUUAUCUCCUUGAUUUUUCAAUUGGCCAGGUGGGUCUAAACGGAACAGCUUCAUUUUUGUCAUUGUUGAUGGCAAUAUCAGGGGUUAGGGGGAGAAACCUUGUUGUUUGUGAAUUUGUGGAAGAUUGUAAAAGAAUAAAUACAGCUUGUCAUUGUGUUGAUUUGGAAUAUUCCUGUAAUUACAUAUUUCUUCUGCACCAAA